CACUUCCUAGCCCUGGUUGUUUUACAAUUUGAGCACAGUGUGGAGACCAGCUUGCUCUGGAAUCAGUCAAAUGUGUUCCAAAGCCAAGAACUCCUCUCCUGUUUUAGGUAGGAAAUGCUCAAAUAAUGUAAGAAAGCUUUGUGGAAUCCCUCCAGAAAGCUAACAGGUUGUUCAUCAAGUAACAAGAUUGUCAUGUAUUCAACAAGCACUUAUCAAGUAUUGUCUGCCAAAUGCAGUAGGCAACAGAAACACUGAUGAACACUUACUAUUUCACUCCCUGGGCAAGUUCACCGUCUUGUGGAACAGAGGAUUAAGGAUUUAGCCGUGAAUCUUGCUGAGAAUCCUCAAUUACAGGGUGAUUCUGUAAGAAGAACAAACUGAGCAAAAAUUGUUAACUUGGGAGUUCAUUCAAGACUUGGCCAGAGGACCUUCCACCCAUCUCAGUGUUUACACUUAAUGGGCCACGUGUGUCCUUCUCUAGCACUCGGCAUAAAAUACAUACUCAGAUGUCUGCCGCAUUGAAUUAAUUUCAAAACAGGACAGUGACGCCCAAAGAGAAAAGUUAACCUGGCCAGAGCAGGGCCUGGAACUCAAGCUGUCUUCUGAUUCCCAGUGAUGUUCCUUCUCUUCGGUACCACAAGGUGUGACUCAGGUUGCUUCUAAUAACAGAACUGUGGGUACCGAUGGAUGUGGCCGAGAGCCCUGAACGAGAUCCUCACUCUCCAGAGGAUGAAGAGCAGCCACAGGGGCUCUCGGACGAUGACAUUCUGAGGGAUAGUGGGUCUGAUCAGGACUUGGACAGAGCUGGGGGGCGGGCUUCUGAUUUGGAGGAUGAGGAAAAUGCAGCCAGGGGGCCAAACCAGGAGGAUGAGGGGAAUCACUCUGAUGAGGAAGACCGCAUGAGCGAGCCCAAGUCCCAGGAUCAGGACUCCGAGGCCAAUGAGCUGAGCAGAGGCCCGACCAGCUCCCUAUGUGAGGAUGAGGGGGAAGAAGAUCGGACAAGUGACCUCAGGGAUGAGGCCUCCUCAGUCACUAGGGAGCUGGAUGAGCACGAGUUAGACUACGACGAGGAAGUCCCUGAGGAGCCAGCUCCCGCUGCCCAGGAGGAUGAGGCUGAGAAGGCUGGGGCUGAGGAUGAUGAGGACAAGGGUGAAGGUGCUCCCAGGGAGGAGGGAACCGCUGGUACCCAAAGUGUGGGAGAAAAGGAACCCCUGGAGGCUGCCAAGGAGAAAAAGAAAGAGGAUGACGAUGGAGAAAUUGAUGAUGGGGAGAUAGAUGAUGAUGACCUGGAAGAAGGCGAAGUAAAAGACCCCAGUGACAGGAAGGUGAGGCCUCGUCCCACCUGCCGAUUCUUCAUGAAAGAUGAGACACCACUGUCCACUCUACUUCCACCAAUAUCCAAUUCCAUACCAUUCAGAGGCCAGGUUAAAGGGAACUGUACCUGGGGAAUGAAUUGUAGGUUUAUACACCCUGGAGUGAACGACAAGGGGAACUACUCCCUAAUCACCAAAGCUGACCCUUUCCCGCCUAAUGGUGCCCCGCCUCUCGGACCUCACCCGCUGAUGCCUGCCAACCCUUGGGGUGGGCCAGUAGUUGAUGAAAUUUUGCCUCCACCCCCUCCAGAGCCCCCAACAGAGAGUGCCUGGGAACGAGGACUCCGGCAUGCAAAGGAGGUUUUAAAAAAAGCAACCAUUCGAAAAGAACAGGAGCCUGAUUUUGAAGAGAAAAGAUUUACCGUGACCAUUGGUGAAGAUGAACGGGAGUUUGACAAAGAAAAUGAAGUUUUCCGAGAUUGGAAUUCUCGGAUUCCAAGAGAUGUCAGAGACGCAGCACUUGAGCCUUACGCAGACCCUUACUAUGACUACGAAAUAGAGCGGUUCUGGCGUGGCGGACAGUACGAGAACUUCAGGGUGCAGUACACAGAGACAGAGCCGUACCACAGUUACCGAGAGCGAGAGCGGGAGCGGGAGCGAGAGAACCGCCAGCGGGAGCGUGAGCGCGAGCGUGAGCGGGACCGGGAGCGGGAGCGGCGGCAGAGGGAACGUGAGCGCGAGCGGGAGCGCGACAAGGAGCGGCAGCGCAGGAAGGAGGAGUGGGAACGCGAGCGGGCCAAGCGCGACGAGAAGGAGAAGGACCGGCAGCACCGCGACCGUGAGCGUGACAAGGAGCGGGACAAGGACAAGGAGAAGCCCCGGCCCCGCUCCCCGCAGCCGCCAAGCCGUCAAGCUGAGCCACCAAAGAAGGAGGCUGCAGCCACAGGGCCACAGGUGAAGCGGGCAGAUGAGUGGAAGGACCCUUGGCGGCGGUCCAAGUCUCCCAAGAAGAAACUCGGGGUGUCCGUCUCUCCUAGCCGGGCCCGGAGGCGUCGGAAAACAUCAGCCUCAUCAGCUUCUGCCUCCAACUCCUCCAGGUCGUCCUCGAGGUCCUCGUCCUACUCCGGCUCCGGCUCAUCCCGCUCACGCUCCCGGUCCUCAUCCUACAGCUCCUACUCCAGCCGGUCGUCCAGACGCAGCUCUUUCUCAGGCAGCCGGUCCAGGUCGAGGUCCUUCUCUUCAUCCCCGUCCCCAUCUCCAACGCCUUCCCCACACAGACCAUCUGUCAGAACCAAGGGGGAGCCAGCCCCACCCCCUGGGAAAACCGGAGAGAAGUCCAUGAAGAAGCCGGCCGUACCUCCUGCCCCACCACAGACCACUAAAGCCACUGCUCCUGCCCCUGAACCCACCAAACCAGGAGAUCUUCGAGAAGCCAGGAGGAAGGAGCGACAAGCCAGGAGUCCCCCCAGGAGGCGGACGCUGAGUGGCAGUGGCAGUGGCAGCGGCAGCAGCUACAGCGGCUCGAGCUCCCGAUCCAGGUCUCUGAGUGUGAGCAGCGUCUCCUCGGUGUCCAGCGCCACGUCCAGCAGCAGCUCCGCACACAGUGUGGACUCAGAGGACAUGUACGCAGACCUGGCCAGCCCCGUGUCCUCAGCCAGCUCGAGGUCCCCAACCCCAGCUCAGACCAAGAAGGAGAAAGGAAAGUCUAAGAAGGAAGAUGGUGUGAAAGAGGAGAAGCGGAAGAGAGACUCGUCCACACAGCCUCCCAAGUCUGCGAGGCCUCCGGCAGGAGGGAAGUCCUCCCAGCAGCCCUCCACACCCCAGCAGGCUCCCCCGGGGCAGCCCCAGCAGGGCUCAUUUGUUGCCCACAAGGAGAUCAAGUUGACACUGUUGAAUAAGGCAGCCGAUAAAGGCAGCAGGAAGCGCUACGAGCCAUCAGACAAGGACCGGCAGAGCCCCCCUCCAGCCAAGAGGGCCAACCUGUCCCCAGACAGAGGCUCUCGGGACCGGAAGUCGGGUGGGAGACUGGGCUCCCCGAAGCCAGAGCGGCAGAGAGGCCAGAACUCCAAAGUCCCUGCGGCCCCAGCAGACAGGAAGCGUCAGGCAUCUCCCCAGUCCAAGAGCUCCAGCAAAGUCACAAGUGUGCCAGGCAAGGCCUCAGACACAGGCACCGCUGCCAGCAGCAAAUCAGGGAAGGCCAGCACACUGUCACGGCGAGAGGAGCUCCUGAAGCAGCUGAAGGCGGUGGAGGACGCCAUCGCACGCAAGCGGGCCAAGAUCCCCGGGAAGGUGUAGGGGCCACCUGGGCCUGGAGACUAAACAUGUUUUUAUAAAUAGGGUGAACACAGCCAUUUUGGAUUUUGCAGUUAAUAUCUUAUUUUGGCUGUGAUUCUUUUUAAAAAUUACAAAAAAAUUCUCAGCUGGAAAAGAAGCCACACAAAAUGAUGACGACGCAGCCUCCCCGCAGGACAAACAGGUCAGCGCUGAGCAACACACAGCACCGAUUUCAUGUAAAUUAUAAGUCCCAGCCACCUCUGUUUCCUCCUUCCGCCCUCUGGCCAGGCCACAGCUGCUGUGCAUCCUUGUCCUCAGCAGAGCCGGUCUCCCUCCCAUGUGGCCAGACGCCCAGUCUUUCCUCAACCACAGGCAGCAUCUUCCUUCUCCUCAUUGCCCCCAGGAUCAAAAAUAUAUAUAUAUAUUCUUGACUAAAGUCUGAUCAGGAAAUGUUUCCUGUCUUUUAUUUUAAAACAUCAAAUUGUUUUAGUUGAUUUAAAAAGAAAAAAAAAAAAGACCAAAAAAAAAAUAAAGGCCAAGGGUAUUGUUGGGGCGUCUGUCUAAUGUGGAGGGUCUUUUUUGAGGGGUCUCCUAAAAUAAAAUAUUUUGA